AUGGUGGAAUUUCUGGAAGAGGAAAUCUGUUUGAAGUUCUCGCGUCCGCGAAUUGUUUUAUCCGACAAUGGGAAGCAGUUUGAAUCGUUACUCUUCAAAUCAUGGCUUUCACGACACCAGAUUGCACAUAUGAAAACAGCGUUUUAUUGUCCUCAAGUCAACAACGCAGAGCGCGUUAACCGUGUUGUAAUAACUUGUAUUGGCUCGUUGCUAGACGGUAAUCACAGAGAAUGGGACGAAAAUAUACCGGCCAUCCUCGCAGCAAUCAACACAGCUAAGCACGAGUCAACUGGAGUGAGCCCUCAUGAAGCGAAUUUUGGACGGAAUCUGCUACUCCACACGGAUCUCUACACACAGCAAGGACUGAACAUCCCAGAUGACCCCAAGGUAGCACAGAAUCUAAGGCUAUCAACAAUACACCGAAUACAGCAGCUGAUUAUUCAGCGUAUCAGGAACAGUUAUGAACAAUCGAAACGAAGGUACGACUUUCGCAAAAGAGUGGUAUCUUUCAAAGUGGGAGAUGUAGUUUGUCGCAGAUCGUUCGUGUUAUCAUCAAAAGCGAAUCAGAUUACAAGCAAGCUGGAGCCGAAGUUUGUACCAGCAAUCGUGGAAGAGAUACUAGGCACAAACUUGUACGAGUUAGAGGACAUAUUAGAUGGGAAGAAAGGUAAAUUCCAUGCGAAGGAUAUUAAGGCCGAUUAG